UAACCUUUAAUGUUUAGAUUGCUAGUGUAUAAAGUGUUAUGUUAUGUUGUGUUAUAAUCAUUAUAAUUUUUUGUAGAUAAUAAGAAAACUUUAAGAUGAUUUACAAAUAAAUGUAACAAAUUGUUUAGAUUUUAAUUUUUGUUAUAUAUAAUUCAAUGACAAAGUUAAACUACGCUUUUUUUUAAGAAAUAUAUAAAAAUUGUUAUUCAAGAUGUUUUAACAAAUUUAUCUCUCUAUUAUCUGGAAUAAUAAGCAAAAAUUAAUUAUAAAUAUGUGGCAGAGGACAAAAUUUCUGUCUCAAUUAUUGACAGUGAAAAAAUCCAAAUCACGCUGGAAAGAAGGAAUAAAUUUAGCGACAGUUAUGGAAAAUGACAAUAAUUUAGAAGGCGAAAUUCCUCCAAAGGAUUCACAGGUCGUUAUUUGUGGAGGUGGUGUAAUGGGAGCUGCUGUUGCUUAUCAUCUGUCUUUAAUGGGACUUGGAUCUCAAACUGUGAUAGUCGAGAGUAGUAGACUAGGUGGAGGAACAACUUGGCAUGCUUCCGGUUUGGUCGGAGCUUUCAAACCGACCAUAGCUCAAGUGAAAUUAGCACAAGACAGUAUAAAUCUUUACAAGGACCUCGAGAAAAAAGGACUUCCAACAGGUUGGAAGCAAUGUGGAAGUCUGUCAUUAGCUCGCACAAGAGAUCGAAUGACUGUCUUCAGAAGAAUGAAAGCACAAUCAGUAUCGAGGAGUAUAGACUGUCAUUUGGUAUCUCCGGAGGAAGCAAAAAAAUUAUGUCCUCUACUUCAAAUCGAGGACAUUGUUGGUGGUCUGUGGAUUCCAGACGAUGGUGCUGCGGAUCCUUAUCAAAUUUGUUUGACACUAAUUGGAGAAGCCAAAAAGAACGGAGUUAAAGUUUUCGAAAAUUGUAAAGUCAACAAGAUUUUUAAUCAAAAUGGAAAAGUCACUGCAGUUGAGACGACACGAGGUAAAAUUGAAUGUCAGCAUUUUAUCAAUUGCACUGGAUUUUGGGCCCGUUCGGUGGGGAAAUUGAGUGAUCCACAAGUGAAAGUACCUCUGCAUCCGGUGGAGCACUAUUAUCUGCAUACGAAACCAAUCAAUGGUUUAGAUCCAAUGACACCUGUUGUUCGUGAUUUGGAUGGAUAUAUUUAUUUUCGUGAGAACAAGGGACGUAUUUUAGCCGGAGGAUUCGAACCUGUCGCUAAGCCAGCUUUUGAAAAUGGAUUUAUUCCCGAGAACGCUGAGGAAAGAUAUUUACCCGAAGAUUGGGAUCACUUUCAUAUUUUGUUGGAGCAAAUGCUUCACAGAAUUCCGAGUUUGGGCGAUGCAGUUUUGGAAAGAUUGUGCAAUGGGCCCGAGGCAUUCUCGCCGGAUUGCAAAUGGAUUGUCGGUGAAGCACCCGAAAUACAGAAUUAUUAUAUUGCUGCUGGAAUGAAAACGGUAGGAAUAUCGGCAGCAGGAGGAGUUGGAAGAGCCACAGCAGAAUUGAUAGUAAAUAGACAGACUUCUCUAGACAUGUACGAAUUGGAUGUUUCUCGUUUCCUAGGUUUGCAUAAUAAUCGAAAAUUCUUACGAGAUCGUGUGAAAGAAGUUCCUGGAUUGCACUAUGGAUUGCAGUAUCCCCAUCAGGAAUUCCAGACGGGGAGAAAUUUGAGAAUGUCUCCUAUUUAUCCAAAACUACGAGAAGCUGGUGCUGUUUUUGGACAAGUCAUGGGCUAUGAGAGGCCCACGUGGUUUGAGGAGAACGAGAUUGAGACAGACUACGUAGAUUUAGAUCCAAACGAUGGUACACGUCGUUACAAAAUUGCAUACACCGAUACUUUUGGAAAGCCACCUUGGUUCGAUGCAGUUUCUCUAGAAUAUGCAGCUUGUCGAGAAACAAUCGGAUUAAGUGAUUAUUCUUCAUUCACGAAAAUCGACUUAUGGUCAAAUGGUCUGGAAGUGGUGGACUACUUGCAGUAUUUAUGUUCCAACAAUGUUGAUGUUCCUAUUGGAAGUAUUAUUCACACGGGAAUGCAGAAUCCUUGUGGUGGAUAUGAAAAUGAUUGCAGUUUGGCUAGACUCAACCUAAAUCAUUACAUGAUGAUUGCCCCAACAAUUCAGCAAACCAGAUGUAAAACUUGGUUGAAACGUCAUUUGCCUGCUGAUGGUUCUGUGGCAUUUUCGGAUGUUACUUCAGCGUAUACAGCGAUUUGCAUCAUGGGCUCUUACACUAGACAAUUAUUAUCCGAAUUGACCGAUACGGAUCUACAUCCAAAGGACUUUCCAUUUUUUACCUACAAGGAACUUGAUGUUGGACUAGCAAAUGGUAUUCGAACGAUGAAUUUGACACACACAGGGGAACUUGGUUACGUUCUCUAUAUUCCCAACGAGUUUGCUCUUCAUGUUUAUAAAAAAUUAAUCGACGCUGGAGCAAAGUAUGGAAUACGACAUGCUGGUUAUUAUGCGACAAGAGCUUUACGAGUCGAAAAGUUCUAUGCAUUCUGGGGUCAAGAUCUCGAUACAUUUACCACUCCGUUGGAAUGCGGAAGAUCCUGGAGAGUAAAAUUCGAUAAAGAUAUUGACUUUAUUGGACGUGAAGCUCUCUUGAAACAAAGAGAACACGGAGUGAAAAGAAAGUACGUUCAACUUUUAUUGAACGACCACGAUCCGGAAAUCGAUCUUUGGUCUUGGGGUGGUGAACCUAUUUAUAGAAACGGAAAAUAUUGCGGAAUGACUACAACAACUGCUUUUGGAUUUACCUUCAAAAAGCAGGUGUGUCUUGGUUUCGUAAAAAAUUACGACUCAAACGGAAGGGAACAAGAAGUCACAAACGAAUACAUUCUCUCCGGAGACUAUGAAGUGGACGUGGCCGGAAUAAGAUUCCAAGCAAAAUGCCACCUUCACAGUCCCAAUUUACCAACCAAAUUUCCUGACAAGGAACGCGAUUCUUAUCACGCUACACGUGAUCAUCAAACAAUAUAAUAACACCAACACCAAGAGCAAUUUGACAAUUAGAUUAAUAAUUAUUAAAAAAAAAAAUUGUACAAAAUUACACAGAAAAAUUGUAUUAUUAUUUAUUAAACGACAUUUACAUAA